AUGAGUCAACCCGCGCCUGCAGGGGUCCGCCGCAACCCUCGGCGGUCGACCACGCGAGCACCCAGUCGCCCGCGAAACCCGAGCGGCCGUGUAACACGCAGCGCCACAAGACUGCCCUCGCCCUCAAGCGAUUCCAGUGACCUUGACGAUGAUUCAUCCGCCACCGACACACCUGCCCCUCGCCCGCGUCGCGCCUUGGGGAACCAGGCCCGCCAGUCUGUACGUCUGCAGACCAUCGCCCACCACCGUCCUGGCACACGGGGCUCCCAGCACACUCAAGCCACCGCCCCAACGAGCUCGCGCCCGCGUCGCGCUCAAUCCAACCCGCCGUCAAGGACGCCUUCCAGACCUGCAAGGAAUCCGGAUCCUCAGUCCAAGACGGGCAGCACAAGAAAGAAACUCAACGUCUCCCGUUCCGCCAGCAAUGAGCCAGAAUGGCCCUCUUCAAAAGUACGCCCGCCGUGGCAGCACCUGGAAUGGACCAUCCUCGUCCAGAUACUCGAGUACGCUUCAUCCUCGCUGGAAUCCAAGGAGGGUGCCCGCUGGCUUCUCUCAGCUGGCCUUACUUGCAAGCUCUUCCUCGGCCCCGCGCUCAAAGCCUUGUACAGGCGUCCAAUGCCUAUCAUGUCCAUGAACAUGGCCACCAAAUUCGCCGCCCUCAUGCACAACCUUGCUGUGAACCAUGCCGCGGCCAGGGAGCGAGAGGAUCACAGGCGCACCAUGGUCGAAUCUCUUGUCGUCAGCGUCACCUCUCUUUCGACGUCGCGGCCCUUCGAUCUCGCGGAGCUGAUCCAGAUCCUCCCCAGCCUGUCUCACCUGGAGCUCUAUCAUGAGUUUGAUCUGCCGCCCUAUCGGCAACUCGAUCUCAAGCGCAGGAAGUGGACAUACUCCCAGGCGCUGCUCAACGCACUCAAGUCGGCGGGUGACUCGGAUGCUCACAUGAGGCUCAAGUCGUGGAGGUGGAGCGAGAGGAUGAUGGACCGCGACGUGGUUCCGCCCCAACAGAUGAGGGGCAUUCACCAGUGGCCGACCUUCUCGCAGCUGCGCGAAGUUACGUUGGUCAAUUUCCAGGUCCCGUCCCUGAAGGAGAACAAAGACCCCACCGAUCCCGAAGUGUUUGAAGCCGACAAGGACUUCAUCAGCUGCAUUUCCGAGUCUUUGGAGCCCCUGGAAAGCCUAAAGCAUUUAAAGAUGGAGUCGUCGACAGCCGUCGAUGGCCAGUUCCUUUCUCUGCUACCCAAAACGGUCGAGCACCUUGAGAUCGUCAAUUGCUGGGAACUGACGGCCGAAAUGCUGGCCGAGUACCUGUUGACGCACGGUCGCAGUAUUCGCAGGCUGACACUGCAUCACAACCAGUCCCUCAGCCUGGCGUUCUUGCCAACCUUGGGUGGUUCCUGCCCGCAGCUGCGCGAACUCAGCAUGAAUCUAACCUACUACGCCCACCACGAAUACUACAAGGAUUCGGAUCCCUUCUACGAAACGCUGCUCACCGUCACCGAUGUCCCCGCCUGGCCUGAGAGGAUCGAGGUUAUCGACUUGGAGCAGCUCGCCAAAUGGGAUGCUGCUACCGCGGAGAUGUUCUUCCAGAGCUUCGUUGACCAGGCGCCAAACAUGCCCAGACUGAGAUGCCUGGCCGUCAAGGCCAUGCUGGAUGUCCCAUGGCGUCAACGCUGCGAAUUCCGUGACAGGUGGGUUAGCAGACUGAGGAGGGUCUUCUUGCGGAAGCAGACGAAGCCUCAGCCAUACCAUUCCUUGAUUCAGUGGUCAAUGCUCAAGGGAGGACUUGGCGUACAAGGGGGGACCGCGGACGUAGGAGGUGGUACAGAGAACACGCCUAUUCGGCGUAGCACUCGCAUUGCAACUCAUAUCGCAGCUCCUGCUCCACUCGCUGUCGAGACCAAGGUAGACAACAAGCGCAAGAGAAAGCGAAGUGCUAGCUCAGCGCGAGACCUCAGGAGGCCGAAGCGAGCUGCUAUCUCGUACAGAGACCCUGACACGGACGAAGACCUUGAUCUGCUUGAGCCCGAAGAGAGUGAGGAAGAGGAACCUCAGGAACCCUCACUGCCGUCGAGUCCACCAGAGUCGCCGGCAUCACCAGACGGGGAUGUGCCGUUCGUGCAUGGCCUGUGUGACGUGGUCAACAUUCGAUUCGACAAUCAGAAGCCUCGGGAAUUCCAGCUUGGCAUGGAGGACUUCCUCGACGAUCAGGAGCACGAGUCGGAUGACGACGAAUGGACCUCGGACCGCGACAGAGACGACGAUUCGGAUGUGUAUGCCUGGUAA